AUGGAGAUUGAUUCAGCCAUACAACAACGUUUAUCAAAAGCUAAUCAGACACAUUUACUUGCUUAUUGGUCUGAACUUAAUGAUGAACAACGUCAAAUACUCUUACACGAUAUUAAUGAAGUCGAUUUCGAUCGUGUUAAAGAAGCUUAUGACGGUAUCAAACAUGACUUAUUUACAGGAAUAAAUGGUGAAAAUAAAAAACAAGAAGUUAUUGAUGAUAUUAUGGAACCUAUUCCUGAUCAUAUGGCUGGAUCAAUCGAUGAAGCCAGUAGAGAAGAACUCGAAGAUUAUCGACAAAAAGGAUUAAAAGCUAUUUCUCAAGGUUCUGUAUGUGUAUUAUUACUUGCUGGCGGACAAGGAACUCGUCUUGGCGUUGACUAUCCAAAAGGAAUGUUUGAGAUUGAUUUACCAUCAAAAAAAUCACUCUAUCAAAUUCAAGCUGAACGAAUUCGUAGACUUGAACAAAUUGCUAAUGAACAAUUUAAUACAAAAACUGGUAUUAUACCAUGGUUUAUCAUGACAAGUGAACAUACACAAGAACAAACUGAAAAAUAUUUUCGUUCACAUAAUUAUUUUGGUUUAAAACGUGAAAAUAUAAUUUUUUUUGAACAACAUACAUUACCAGCAUUAGAUUUUCAAGGAAAAAUUUUACUUGAAGAAAAAUAUAGAUUAACAAAAGCAGCUGAUGGAAAUGGUGGUUUAUAUCGUGCAUUAAAAACUCGUUCAGUUUUAGAUGAAAUGAAAAAACGUCAUAUUCAAUAUGUUCAUGUUUAUGGUGUAGAUAAUAUUCUUGUUCGUUUAGCUGAUCCAAUAUUUAUUGGUUUUUGUUUAAAGAAAAAUGCCGAUUGUGCUGCAAAAGUAGUAAAAAAAACCAUUCCAACCGAAGCAGUCGGUGUUAUAUGUAAAGUUGGUGAACGUUUUCAAGUCGUUGAAUAUUCUGAAAUAUCUGAACAAACAGCACAUAGAAAAAAAUCUGAUAAUAGUGAUGAAUUAGUAUUUAAUGCUGGAAAUAUUUGUAAUCAUUUUUUUACUUUAAAUUUUCUUCAAGAUGUUUGUUUAAAAGGUGAAAAUGAACUUCGUUAUCAUGUUGCUAAAAAGAAAAUUCCAUCUGUUGAUACCAAUGGUAUAUAUGUUGAUAAACCAUCACAAAUCAAUGGAAUUAAAUUAGAAAAAUUUGUUUUUGAUGUUUUUCCAUUUUCAAAAACAUUUGCUGUUUGGGAAGUACGUCGUGAAGAUGAAUUUUCACCAUUAAAAAAUGGUUCAGGUUCAAAGGAUACAGCAGCAACAUGUCGACGAGAUUUAAUGAUUCAACAUGUUCGUUGGCUUCAAGAAGCUGGUGCUUAUUUACCAUUAGAUAUAAACAAACAUAUUGAAACAAUUGGAAAGACUUGUGAAAUUUCACCACUUAUUUCAUAUGCAGGAGAAAAUCUUGAAUUUACUAAAGGUCAAAUCUAUGAUCUACCAAUUUUUAUUGAAUUAAAUACUGAUACACAAGAACCUAUCACUGAUUUCCCUAAAAAACUAUCACUAUCAAAUGGUGUAACACCUAUAUCGAUGCAAACAAAUGGAGUUCAUCAUUAA